AAUGGGGAGGCGCGGGCAAGGGCGGGGGCCCGCGGAUGCGUGGUAGGGAAUGUGGUGGUGGUGGUGGUGGUGGCGGCAGAGACAGCGGCGGCCACUGGUGGCGGUCUCAGCGAGAGCAGCGAGCGGAGAUUCCCGACCCGAGUCGUGGUGCUCGCCGGCGGAAUGGCGGCCAUCCGCAAGAAGCUGGUGAUUGUGGGGGAUGGUGCAUGCGGAAAGACGUGCCUGCUCAUUGUCUUCAGCAAGGACCAGUUCCCUGAGGUUUACGUGCCCACCGUCUUUGAGAACUAUGUGGCCGACAUUGAGGUGGAUGGCAAGCAGCAGCCUGUGGAGUUGGCGCUGUGGGACACUGCAGGGCAGGAAGACUACGACCGCCUGCGACCCCUGAGCUACCCGGACACAGACGUCAUCCUCAUGUGUUUCUCCAUUGACAGUCCCGACAGUUUGGAGAACAUCCCCGAGAAGUGGACCCCAGAGGUGAAGCACUUCUGCCCCAACGUGCCCAUCAUCCUGGUGGGCAACAAGAAGGACCUGCGCAACGACGAGAGCACGCGGCGCGAGCUCGCCAAGAUGAAGCAGGAGCCCGUGAAGUCCGAGGAAGGGAGGGACAUGGCGAACCGCAUCAACGCCUUCGGAUACAUGGAGUGCUCGGCCAAGACCAAGGAUGGCGUGCGCGAGGUGUUCGAGAUGGCCACCCGUGCCGCCUUGCAGGUGCGCAAGCGCAAGGGCAGACACCGCUGCCUGCUGCUGUAAGCCGGCCCGCACCCUUGCCACCGCCCCCCCCGCCCCCCAUAACCCGAGAGGUCGCCUUCCGCGCACGCUCCCGGUGCGGAACCACUAAGGCAGUCGACGAGUGAAUAGGAAGCCGUCGCCACGAAACUUAACCGUCCCAUCUGCCUGCGAAUUGAAUGUUUGCCCGCGGCGUGUCGUGUGAUCGGGUUAGACCCGCGUCUUCACCGGCCGCGGUGGCAUACCAUCGCUUGAAAUUCACCGGGAUUGGCGCGCGGUUAGUUUAGCGUGGCGAGCCGACGCGUGGCAGAAGUUUCGCAUAACCGUGACUUUGUGCUGCAGGGGGGUACGUGGUCCUUUGUGGUGUCCGCAGGACAGCAAUUGGUGAGCCCAACCAAAACAAUGUCAUGAAGUUUAAAUGACCUUGGAAAAGUUAUGUAAAUAAUUUUGACCAGUUUUCUAAGAAACGAGGAACACAAUUGCAUCCAGUGGUGUCCCCACCACCUGAUGCUUGGCAACGCACCUUUUCAGAUCAGGCACGUAUCUCAUCGUUGUAAAAUCGUGAAAAGCAAAGUGCGAGGGUGCUCCAGCCUAAUGAUAUCGAACCUUUGUUGUACGGCACAAGCUUUGGAAGCGAGUGUCACUGGAAAUCACGCUCUUUAUUGACCAGUUGGUACUGUUUUUUGGUGCAUGGCGGUGCAUGGUGAAACACAUUUUGAGAUUGUUAACAAACGUUAAGCAUUUAGCUAACCCCUUGAGCAAAAAUAAUGCAUCGAUCACUACUAGAUCUGGUUGUUAAGAAAUCUUUUUUUUUACGUAUAUGCUUAAAGCCAAAUAGUAAUUUCCAAACUUUUGACGAGUUUUGUGGUUCCAAAAAUUCGCAGCAGUGCCCAGUACAUGAGUGAAUGGUUGUUUGCAUUCAGAGAAUGCAGUUCUGAAUUUCACAAAAUAAUUGAAUUAAAGAAAAUAUGCUGUCGGUCAAGUGCAUAUUUAAGAAUCAGUUUGCACACAUAUCACAGGAUUAGUAUUUUUUUUAUUUUUAAGUACUUUAGGUAAAAAAAAAUCAAAAUUGCUUUGCAGCUUACUGCAAAGCUGUAUUUGAUAUCUGUGCUGUGCAUUGUCUGUGCUGAAGUAGUUGUGUAACUUUUUGAGUGAUUUUAAUAUUUGAAUGCAAUGUAAUCUUACUUGGCGAGUACAAUGUAGAUUUUACAAGUUGCUUUGGAGAGCUAACAUUGGGAAUUUUGUUGUGGUGCUGUGGUCAAGAGACUCUUCUACACAAAUACAUACCUGUCAGCCCAUACGGUUUGCCCAUAUUCUUAUACAGGGAAAUUGAGUUUUCAGGUCCAUACAGUGAGCAGCCUUUUCAACACGGGCAAAAAAUAAAAAGUUCUAUGUAUUUGUGUUUCUCCCUUGUGGUGGGAUUUGGUGGUAUCAACGUUGUAAUGGUAUCAACGGGGUGACCAAUAAAGUCUGGAUUGGUCUGUAAUAAGGUAGGCACUGAUAGUGGGUUGACAGGUAUGUACAUAUCUUGUUAGCUGUUGGCUGAACUCACCAAGCACUGAAUUCAUCUGUACUCCUAACUGCUAUUACCCUAAAAAUAGGUAGUAUUUUUUAAGGGCCAGCUCGUCAUCUAUUUCAUAGUGUUUUUUAUUAAACAAAACUCAAAACAUUCAAUCAACAAUGUGGCUUUUGAGUAGCUCAUCAUGUCAAUAAAUUCUUGAAUCUUAGUUCUGAAAGAAAUAGCAUUGUGGACAUCUUUAGUGUUUUUUAAAAUCCUAAAAUGGACUCUCGUACAUACAGUGAAAUACUUUUGAAACAUCUCAUACUUCCUGCCAAGUGCUGAAACAUCUUCCUGGAAAUGUAAACGUUUGAGAGGUACUACUCGUUUUAGAAGAAUGAAAAAAUAUCCAAACACAUUAAAUAUCCAAAAUGGAGGAUUUUGGCUUAGAUCGCGUAAAUGUGUCGUUAAAUCUGCCAUCACCCGACACAGCCAACUAGUAAGGGUUGUUACGUAAACGGAACAUGCCAAUUCGUUACUCGUACAGCACACCGGUAUGUUGGAGAGUAAAUCCACAACAUUUACAGUUGUGAAUUUACACAUUUUAUAUUUACACGAUCUGACCCAAACGUUUCUAUGGAUAAUAUUGGUCGCGAAAGCCUAACUACGUGUUAAACUGACAUCAAAGAUCAUGAAGAAGUGCAAACAAGGACUAAUUAAUGUGUUCCGUGUCUGCUUUAGAUGCUUUAGCGCCAUUGAUUCAACCCGCUUGUCUAACCGCCUGUCUGUUACACGCUCGGCUCAAUAUAAUGCGACUGCUUUAGAAAACUGUUGGCCAGUUUGCAUGCAUUGCCAUCACGGUAUGUGGCAUUGGUUAAUACUAGUGCAUGAUAUGUGUGCGUGUAAUAUAUACAGGGAGUGGCAUUUUUUCUGGAAUAUUGACAGCUGUGCAGUAUACUUCUAUUAGUUUUCUCGUAACCUGUGGAUGCCAAAAAAAUUCACAUUUUAAAUAUAUGCUUAGCCACUGUUAAAUUUGUACCACAUUUUAGGCAGAAAAAAGGAUUUGCAUUUAUUUGGCACUUAUAUUCCACAGCAUCGCAAAGCGCCUUACAAAAGUACAAAUCGUGAAAAGGACAUAACCAAGCAUCAUGACAGGGGACAAACUAAAGGGGGGAAAUAAGACAUUAAGACAUACAAGAACGGUGAGCGAAGGGUAUCGCUGUGGCCGAGAUACACGAUGAUCUGCCUGCACACACGUACACGUGAGGUGUGACGGCCACCAAGAAAACCCAGCAUCGGCAAAGAGUCCAGGGAAACGUCUGGCAACACAAUGGAAGAAAAAAUGACCCCGGAUUGGGAAGCCCCUGUUGCCCAGGACUCUGCUGACGCUUGGGAUUUUGAUGGGCUGUGACGUCCCGAUGUGCGUACGUGCCUGGGUCGACACUUGUGCCCUGUGAUGUCCCUUGCUCAUCAUUUCUCACGUCCUUUUCUCCCUCCAGCUGCAUUCCCCUUCUUUUGCCACGCUUUGUGUGUUUGAGUGGGUUUUCUCCACGGCGCGUUGAGAUUCUGCUCUGUUGAAGCGCCAAGUGAACGCAAGUACACUUAGCCCUGGGAGUUUACUGGGAAGUCGCGUGGUUGCACCUCGUGUGCGCAUAAACUCCGCAAGAACAUCGCAGCUAGAGGGAGCUGCACACCGCACUGCUACGUUCAAUGGUGUUGCCGUUUGAAUCGGUGCGAGGUCUCGAGUUGUGCAUCAAACGACAGAGAUACUUUUGUUUGUAAUUGUAUUGUCAAGUUUGUACCAAGGCGAUGCUAUUGUUAAACCAACUCAACUCUUCGAGCUCGACAAUUGCCUGGUCCUUGGCUUUGCACACAGGCACACACAGAGAACAAUUGCAUGUUGGUAAUACUGUAUAGCCGUAGUCACUCGUGCUAGAACCACGAAUUUUGAACUGAUGCGGUUUAAUGUGUAGUCUUUAACUUGAGUAGCUAUGGGGCUCGGAUAAUGUGUGUAGUUUAACAUUAACACGGUAAAAAUUAACUGCACUGUGUGAACCAUUGACAUGAAAUGUUGGCUCGCCGGAACUAAUGAUAUUAACUUUUGGUUCGCCUAACUGCUCUUGUCCUGAUGAGGACCUUUUGCUUCUUAAUGUACAUUGCGUUGCCUUCUUGGGCAUUGUGAACCUAAAAUGCAAAGCUUGGAAUGUGGAUUUUUAUUUUGUAUGCAAAGAUGUUGUAUCAGUAUUGGUGUUUUCCGAAAUACAUUUCAAAUUGAUAAUGAAGUGCAGCCUUUGAAACCAUGAAUUAUCUUUGGCAACAAUGCACAUGUCUUCAAUGUUGUUGAUGUGAUUUGUAUUGAACAAAAAGUCCAACAAGGAAUUAAAAAGGAAAUCCGGCAGUCAUGCGGGUCAAAAAAAUCUACGAAAAAGUCAGGGAGUCAUUUUGUCGAGAGAGAGAAAAAAAUGAGAAUUUCAACAUCUUUGCAAGAAUAGAAAUGCAUCCGCAUGAAAAUACCUUACAAAUAAAGCAUCUGAGAUGUGUUGGAAAAAAACUGGCCUUUAUAAUAGUGGCACUUAUUUCGCUGUUCUUUACAAAUGAACUGUAUAAGUCAGCAUAUGCCAUAAUAAAGCUGCUUUUAACAGCCA